CAUCUCGAAGAACAGAUGUUACUGCACAAGGCUGGUGAUCCAAUCCAGACCUACUUUGCUGCAUCAUCUGUACUAAGCACACUCAGACAGCCAGUGGGAAUGGAUGCCAAUGGAGUUUGUAUUGAUGGGAAUCCUGCUGGUUUCUUGGUGAGUAAAAGCACAAGCUGUAUUCGGACCUUCACCAACUUGAGCAGCAGCUGCGCCACUGAUCCUGCUCUGGAUGCAGCCUCAUAUUAUCGUGACUUUACUAUACUAAAGGUCCCAGUUAAUACAACUGAUGUCAAGCUCAUGCAGGUGAGCAUCGCCCCUGUCACACAGCCUGGAGCACCCCAGAUGGAUGGCAACACCUGUCACAGUGUUGUUCAUGAGGUGAUCUAUGAGAUAGAGUUCAAUGGCACCCAUGGAAUCCAGAGUGUCUCUGUCCAGUUUAAAGUGACCAAUGUCUCUGGGAGCUCUCUGCAGCAGCGGUUCACACUGCACUUCUGGAGUGGGACUUCUUUGUACACCUUACCAAGAAGUGGAAACCCUGGCUAUAUCAUUGGGGCACCACUCUUAUCUCUAAACAGUGGUGCCAGGCAGCAUGUGACUAUCUUACAGAGCCAAGGUAAUGGAAUAUGUUCACAGACUCUUAGGUACAAGGUACAGUUUGGAAUGAAUGUGAGGACAAGCUGCCAUUUCAGCAUACUACAAACAAUGAUGGAUGGAAGCUGUAGCUACUUGCAGGAGAAGCUAUAUCAGGCCCUCGAAGGGGUGAGCAGCCCACAGGCUCUGGCCAUAACUGGCAGUGCUCAGCCAACCCAGACGGAUCAGUGGACCAGUAUCCUUAUGUGGAAUUGCAGCAUGCAGGCUGGGAAUUGUGCCUCCUGCUGUAUGAUUCCUGUGUCUUUGAAGAUCCAGGUAUUGUGGGCUAAGGUGGGCCUUCAGUCCAACCCACAAACUCAAGUGCUGGGAGCACGGUACUGGUAUCAGUGUCAGUCUCUGAAGUCCCUCAGCAUGACCAUGGUGCCUUUGACAACCGUUGUUGCCUUCACUGACAUGACAGAAUGGCCAGAAUCUCCACGUAGCCAGCCCAGCACAUAUUGGAAAGUCCCAUUUGACUUCUUUUUUCCCUUCAAGGUAGCACUGAGUGGGGGGAUAAGCUGUCAAGGAGACCUGGCUUGUGCUUUCCUGAUGACUUUUAUGCUUUUUAGCAUUCUCAGUUUCUGAAGAGCAUGAAGCCUGUUACUCUGAUCCUCGUGGAACCAUUUAUACCCAGAUAGUACCAGAAGACUCAGUGGUGCUCAUGUUGGACAAGAGAGCAGAAAGAGCAGUCUCUGUGUAGAAAGAGGAAGGAAAGGGGUUUUAUUCUGUCCCCUACAAGAAGGAAAAGUCCCUUCCAAGAUGAGCGGUACAGAGGCAAGUACAACUCUCAUUUCUAGUUUGCCUCCCCACUGGUGGGGAAUCUGGAACUCACUUGUUCAGCUACCUAUUCGAGAGAGCCAAAUCUUUCCAUGUGGAAUUGUAAUUCACACAUUUUUAAAUAUGAUGUAAUUUAUCCAAUGAUAGUUUCUGUAUGAAACCAUCAUUGCUUAGUGACCGGC